CUGUCUUUUUUUUUCUACAGGUGUGUCGCUAGUAAAAACGGGCCGCAGAUACCAAAGCAAGACAUUGAGAAAAUUAUUGUUUUGGCGGAAGAGAAGUUCGAGUCGUCGAAGGAAAAAAUUUUAAAUAAUCCAACUGUACAACCGAUCCGAAAGUUGUUGGACACAGCAGUUGAGUUUGGAAAAUGCGUCAAAGAUUGCUUCAUGGAGCGAAGCAACCAUGGAGCUUGCUUUCAGAAGCAUAACUGCCAACCAUACAUACAAGCAAACCGCACGCGCAAAACGAUCCGCAAAUGUAUCAGACAAGUCGAUUGGAAGACAGCAGCAGGAGAACUAUGCAAAUGCUCGAUGGAUGCUGGCGUCAGGUACCAUUUACAAAAACAUACGCAAUGAUA